CGUUAGUAAGUUCAAAACUAAACUUAAUGAGGAAAUGGAACAAUAUCGCAAGAUUUUAAAUCCUAUAAAGAAAAAAGAAAUUGAAGAAAAAGCAGCUAAUAUAAUUUUAGAUGUCAUUAGAAUCUUUUUUUUUAGGAUUCAAACUCAGGAACCUAUAGGCCAGUUUUAUUGGUUUCAGAAUAAGGAUAAAAUAGAUCCAGGUUUAAUGAAUGGAAUGUGGGAUGAUGAUAAAUUUGAUGAUUUCGAGGUUGAUAUUUGUAAAUUUCCGCUAGUAGGAAUUGAAUUGAAUGAUGACAUAAAACGCAAAAUUUACACGCAUGCAAUUAUACUACCUCAAAAAGUGCAACGAACCAAAUCAGAGUCUAAACAUGUUAAACAGGAAUCUAAACAUAAGGCCGACAAUCAAUCAAAUUCGGAAUCUAACUUUAACGUCAACUCGCAAUACCAACCACAAUCGGAUGUAAAAGCGCCAUCUAAAUCAGAAUUUAAAGCAGAGGUAGAAACACAAUCCAAACCAGAAUUUAAACCGGAUGUCGACACACAACCCAGACCAGAACUUGAACAUGAAGUCAAUAUUAACCCGCAACCUCAACCUCAAACUAAUCCGCAAACUCAAAAUAGCCCACAAACUACUCCGCAAACUCCACAAUCUCAAACUAGUCCACAAACUACUCUACAAACUCCACAACCUCAAACUAGUUCACUAACUACUCCGCAAACUCCACAACCUCAAACUAUCCGCAAACCACCUCGCAAUCACAUUCUGGUUCGGAAGUUGAUCCGCAAGCUGAAGGAAAAAAAAAAAAUAAAAUAUUUGGUAUCUUUUAAUUCGUGUCAUAAAUUUGUCUUUAACAUUAAUGUUUAAAUAAUUUAUUUAAAUAAAAAUAAAUAUAAAUACAUAU